CCGGGCGCUCUUCCUUCAAAGCAAAGAGCAUGAGCUCCGGCAAAUCGAGGGAGGCUGACGAAAACGUGAAAUUAGGUUUUUCGAAGCUUGGAGCUAGGGUUUUGGAAGGAAGGGGAUAGUAUUUAGCAUCCCCAUUUGGUAGCGGACGAUGGGAUUUCUGGACAUAUUCAAGAGUUACACGAAAAAUCCGUUGAAGGAUUCGCUCAAAGUCCUCGAAGCUGAUAUCUACCAUGCAAACACGAUAUUUAGGGCAUCAGAAUCUCCAUUCAAUGGCACCUGCAUGCAAAUCCGUAUAUCUUACAGUCCGGCCGCCACAUUCUUUCUUUUUUUAGCGCAGUGGACGGACUGUAGUCUUGCAGAGGCCCUAGGACUGCUGAGCAUUUCCAUAUAUAAGGUUUAUCUUGAUGGAACAUCAUCAAUGUUUGCCAGUGAAAAGAAAGCAAGCAUUAAGCAAUUUUAUUCUUUUAUAUUCCCUACUUUGAUGCAAUUACGAAGAAAAAUCACUGGUAUGGAGACUAUGGAGGAUCAAAAUAAAAAAAAAAUGUUUCUGGAAAGGUAUAUGAGGACAGAUGAUGAUGACCAGAUGCAUUUAUCUGUGAGUGACGCUGAAAGAGAGGAGGAAUGUGGGAUCUGCAUGCUGCAGAAUAGCAAGUUUGUGCUACCCACCUGCAACCAUUGCUUGUGCUUGAGCUGUUUUAAUGAAUGUAAAGCAAAAUCAGAGUGGUGUCCUUUUUGCCGCAGUAGCCUCCUGGAAGUGGUAGCUGAUGAACUGUGGGUCUUCAUUGAGCGCAGAGACAUAGCAGAUUUGACCACUGUGUUUGAAGAAGAUCAUCGCCGCUUAUCCAUGUAUUUAGACAGGCUUCCUCUCAUCUCUUAAAACAAUUCUUCUUUCUCUGUUUUCUCUGAUUUUCUGCUUCUCAAAGCUGAGAAGUUCUCGUAUGCUUAGUUGGAGGAUCUUUUU